AUGAUUCAUGAUAGAAUGAGGUUUGUAAAGACGAUUGGCGAAAAGCAGCACCUCGAAGCCCAGAUGCGGCAGGUGAAAACAUUAAGAAACCAACUAAAAGCCGAACAGAAGAAGGGGGCGGGACUAAAAACUCGACCGGAGACUGCAAAGCGUAGGGUACAAUGGGAUGACUCUUUAUCUACAUUUAAUUCAAGAAUUCAGACUGGAGUCAUUUCGAACCUGAAACACAAGGACCCGGGAAGUUUCCUGGUUGAUUGCAAAGCUCUGUUCAAGCGACGAAUCCAUAAUGUCUUAAAAAAUAACUCUGCAGUGAAAGUUAACAUAGCAUUUGGAGGAGAGUUCGAGAUUGCUCAAGGCGAUAUGAUGAUAAAUGAACCCAAGUACUUCACUACUUCAAACUCAGCCAUUUAUAGAGACACCAAUCUUGAUGAAUGGUUCAAGAAAAAAGUAGUGGAACCCCUUAGCAGAGACUUGGAAGAAUUCCAAGAGAGAGAUAGUGGCUGGGCACUAAAAGCGGUUGUUAACCUGGGGGUUAAUAUAAACAAAUUUACACCACAGCUUGGUUCCUCAUACAUUGAACUUCCCCCUCAGAUAAAAAGAAAACAGGCAUGCAUUAAUGUUAAGAAUGAUGACGAGGCAUGCUUUGCAUGGACUGUCAUAUCGGCGUUAUAUCCUUGUCGGAGUAACUCUGAUUUAAUGUCAUCUUACCCACACUACUCCCAAGUGCUGAAACUUAAAGGUAUUCAGUGGCCAAUGUCCAUUAAACAGAUUCCGAAUUUUGAAAAGCAGAAUAAUAUAUCGAUCAACGUAUACAUUUUGAAAAAGGAGAAGAAGAACUAUACGACCCUCCCAACCUUCAUAACAAAAAACAAGAAGGAUAAACAUGUGAAUAUGCUUUUGAUACAAGAUAAAUAUGACGACCAAGGUCCCAUUAGAUAUCAUUACGUUUGGAUAAAAAAUCUAUCUCGCCUCCUUUCCAAGCAGCUUAGCAAAGAAAACGGGACAAAAUAUUUCUGUGAUGGCUGCCUCCAUUACUUCCGAUCACAAGAUAAGUUGAAUGUUCAUAAGACAUGCUGCAAAGGGCGAUCAGAUGUUAUCUGUGAUAGGUGUUUACAACUAUUUUCAUCGUCUACACAGCUAGAAGCUCACAUCAACGAUUGUGAAAGAAUAAAUGAAACAGCCAUUAAAAUGCCUGAAGAAAGCCAUAAAAUGUUAAAAUUUAAGAAUUUCAGGAAUAAACUAAAAGCCCCCGUCGCCGUAUACGCAGAUCUCGAAAGCGUUCUGGAACAUAGUGCUGAAAAGACUACCUAUCAAAAACAUAUACCUGCUGCCGUUGGGUAUUACUUUAAAUGUUCAUAUGAUGAUUCUCUGUCAUUUUAUAAAUCAUAUCGUGGAAAAGAUUGCAUGAAAUGGUUCGCAGAUGAACUAAAUCAGCUUGCUGAGGAUGUUUCUACGGUGUUUAUGUGUCCAUUUGAUAUUAAUAUGACAUUUCAGCAAGAGAGUGAUUUUCAAGCAGCCACUCAUUGUCAUAUUUGUGAGCAGCGCUUCUCCCCCGGUGAUAAGAAAAUUCGAGAUCAUAAUCACCUGAUCCCAGAAAAUAAUUAUAGAUUUGCAGCUCAUGAAGGGUGUAACAUUAAUUAUAAAGAUGCUCACACUAUCCCUGUGAUAUUUCAUAACCUCAGCGGAUAUGAUGCCCACUUCAUUGUUACUGAUAUUGCUACUCACAUCAAAGGUCCCGUAGAUCUUCUUCCUAUUACAAAGGAAAAAUAUAUAUCUUUCACCAAACACAUUAAUGAUGCUCGAAUUAAAUUUCGUUUCAUCGAUAGUUUUCGAUUUAUGGCGUCUUCUCUCGAUAAGCUCUCUUCUUAUUUGACCGAAUAUCCUAAUCUCCGCUCUCAAUAUGUUUUCCUUCCCGAGGAGCAGUUCAAUCUUCUUACUGCGAAAGGUAUCAUGCCUUAUGAUUAUAUUGAUUCUUUUGAUCGCUUUAUUGAAACAUGUCUGCCGUCUAUCGAGUCUUUUUAUAAUAAACUUGAGGAUAAACCUUGUCCUCGCCGCCAUUAUCAUCGCGCCCUCCAAGUCUGGUCUUCAUUCUCUUGUUCUUCUCUCGGAGAUUACGUCGAUCUCUACAUGAAAACAGAUAUUCUUCUUCUUGCCGAUGUUUUUGAGCGGUUCCGCUCCAGUUGUCUCGAAACAUAUAAUCUUGACCCCGCUCAUUACUUUACUCUACCUGGAUUCACGUGGGAUGCAAUGCUUAAGUAUACAAAACAGGAACUUGAACUUUUAACUGAUCCAGAUAUGCAUUUGUUUGUGGAGCGUGGCAUUCGUGGUGGUUUGAGUCAAGUUUGCUCGAAACGUCGUGUUCAUGCUAAUAACAAGUACAUGGUAUCUUACGACCCAUCUAAGACCGACUCCUAUCUGAUGUAUUUCGAUGUCAAUAAUCAAUAUGGGUGGGCAAUGUCGCAAUAUCUUCCAUUUGGAGGUUUCGAGUGGACUGAUACUAACAUCGACGUUCUUAGUAUUCCGGACGAUUCUUCUGAAGGGUGCAUUCUCGAGGUCGAUCUGGAGUACCCUCAACAUCUCCAUGAUCGUCAUAAAGACAUCCCAUUCUGUCCCCAAUCCUUGAACCCGAAAACUAUGAAACCUCCUAAACGUCCGCGAGAGCUGACCAAAUUAAUGGCUACCCUUCAUGAUAAAGAAAGAUAUGUAAUUCAUUACAGGGCCUUGAAGCAAGCGCUAGCUCAUGGAUUAAUACUAAAAAAGAUUCAUCGAGUCCUGAAAUUUAAGCAGUCUCCUUGGUUAAAGUCAUACAUCGACUUGAAUACAAAUCUCCGGAAGGCAGCAAAAAAUGAGUUUGAAAAGAAUCUGUUUAAGCUUAUGAACAAUGCAGUGUUCGGUAAGACUUUAGAGUGUGUGCGCAGGCGCGUUGAUAUUAAAUUGCUGACAGAGUGGGAGGGUCGUUAUGGAGCUGAAGCUAGAAUAAGUAGCCCCCUGUUUAAAAACGCCACUAUCUUUAAUGAAAAUUUGAUUGCUGUUGAGAUGCAUAGAGCGGAAAUAUGGUUAGUUAAACCGAUUUAUGUUGGAAUGAGUAUUUUAGAUUUGGCGAAAACAACCAUAUAUGAUUUCCAAUAUGGCUACUUAGCUAGCAGGUUCGGAGAAAACUUUUCGACCUGCUAUACAGAUACAGAUUCGGUGAUUGUGGAGAUACGGGAAAAAGACCCGUAUGAAGCAAUGAUAUAUGAUUGCUAUAAAUAUUUUGAUACCUCAGACUAUCCUAAAGAUAACAUUUACAACAUCCCUCUGGUUAAUAAGAAGGUAUUGGGUAUAAUGAAAGAUGAGAAUAAUGGCUGCAUUAUGACCGAUUACAUAGGACUCCGAUCGAAAUUAUACACGACAAAAGCAGCUACCACAGAUAAUGACAUUGAAAAGCUGAGGGGGAAGUUGAAAGAACAAGAGUAUGAGGAUGAUGAAAUUGAUAAUAUUAUACGAAAUUAUGGUGUUACAAAGAAGGCGAAGGGGGUAAAGAAAUCUGUAGUAAAUACUAAAAUUACUUUUGAGGACUACGUGGAAUGUUUAGAUACCUUCACAACAAAGACUGCCAUGCAAAAUCUUAUACGCUCUGAUAAACACCAAGUUUAUUCUAUAACUCAAAGCAAGAUUGCCCUCAGCUCCAAUGAUGAUAAAAGACAUCACAUUCAGGGUUCUUAUGAUACGCUUCCCUUUGGGCACUAUUUAAUUGAUGCUCUUGAGAUGGAUGUUGAUUAG